AACAAAAAUUAGCAGUGGAGGCCCUCAUUGACAUAGCACAAUCCGUACCAAGAACAACUGCCAUUUGCAGAGGCGUGUGUGACCUCUGUGCUUGAAAUAAGAUGGUGUGAUAAUACUUUAUAGUACCGGCUAGCUGUACUGCAGUAUGGGUGACAAACUAGAGUGUAUAGGCCAAGUGGUGAGGAUCUUUGCUACGUCGAGGAGUGCCCCUAUUGUUGGGCUCUACCUGCUCCUGGUGUGCUUGUCCCCACUGCUAAGGAGACUCUUGCCAGCAUUUCAGCUGAGGAGAGCACUGAUUCUGCACAAUUUUGUGUGUUGGAUUCUAAGUGUUUAUUCUCUCGCUACACUUGUUUUUGGUCUGUGGGAGGUUGGUGACAUUUUUCUCAUGGAACAUACAGAGGGGUGGCUGAGGCAUGGACUUUUUGUUUACUGGAUUUCUAAGUUUGUGGAACUCUUGGAUACUGUUUAUAUGAUUCUCCGUCAUAAAUCACGUCAAAUAUCGUUUCUUCAUGUCUGGCAUCACAGUACUAUCACACUGCUUGCAGAUUGGGCUUACACUCGUUCCAGUUGGCCAGCCCUCACUCCAAUCCUUGCACUCAACUCGGCAGUGCAUGUUUUCAUGUAUGGCUACUAUUUUCUAACAGCACUACAUCCUUUGCACGACUUCACUUGGAAGAAGCGAAUCACUCAAUUUCAGAUGGUGCAAUUUCUCAUCGGCAUCUCCCAGGCAGUUUAUGGAUACUUGUACAGAGGUUUCUGUAUCUACUCUAUCGGUUAUGGUGCUGCAAUGUUAGGCCUAUUUGGGAACUACUACUAUUACGCUUUCAUCAGGAAGAAGCCACAGAAGAAAGAACAGUGACUUUAAAUUAUAUUAUAUUUAGCAUUGAGCACGUGUUUUGUCUGUUAAUGAGGUUGUGGUUGUUUUGUAGAUCUAAUUAGUCUGUGGGUGCAUGACCUUUCUGACUUUUAAGUAAACAAUCCACGUGGAAAAAA